AUGCACGGGGUGUACUAUCCCCCGCAGCAGGUUGGCGGCAGGGGCGCGAUACCGGCGGGUCCCGCGAAGGAGCAGAUCCUCGCCGCGGUGCGCCAGCAAGUCGAGUAUUACUUCUCCGUCGAGAACCUGUGCAAGGACCUGUUCCUCAGGCAGCGCAUGGACGCGGAGGGUUGGAUCCCCCUGCCCGUCAUCGCGGGUUUCAACCGAAUCCGGAUGAUGACGCCGGAGCCCGCCGUCGUCCUCGAGGCUAUCCAGGGCAGCGCGGUUGUCGAGGUGGAGGCUGUCGGCGGCGCGGACGGCCACAGACUCCGCAAGAUGAGCGAUUGGCAGUCGUGGGUGA